AUGAACUCCGCCGGCCUGGAUUGCUCCCCAUCGUAUUAUUUUGUCGCCGAUGGGGUUGAGAUGGGGCCGUAUGAUAGCAUUGUUACUAUACAACACCGUAUUUCGAUAGCAGCAGCUCUCAACCAAGGAUGGAUUGUCACUCUAAACGACCAUGAGGGACUUGAUGCUUCUUUCAUGGCUAAUCGUCGAGGGGCUCAUGCCGUGUUAGAUGGUAUUCGGGCGACCUUGCUUUCUAGUGAUCUUACAGGCGUUGGCCGCGACGCCGCAGUGGUCAUGAUGGGAUACUCGGGAGGAAGUUCUCCUACAACUCUAGCGGCAGAGAUCAAAUCAGCGUAUGCACCGGAGCUGAACAUCAUUGGCACUGCUGUAGGAGGGUUAUUACCGAACCUCCAGAGCGUUGUUAACUACCUGAUGCCCUCGGACUGGACACUCCUCGCAGCCAUCUGGGGCCUCGCGAGCGAGUAUCCCACACUUUCCGGUCUAAUGCAAGGCAGCCUCAGUCACAAUAUCACAAGAAAGAAGCAGUUCGAGGAAUUUCAGCCGAUGUGUAGUGAGCAGCUACGCAGCACACUCGGUUACGAAAAGAUCGCUUCCUAUUUCCAUAGCAUGGAAUUCCUCAACAGCCCCGAUGUCCGGGAGAUUUUCAGCAACAACAGUCUUGGCCAAGACGUCCCCACCAUGCCAAUGUUCAUCUAUGAAAGUACACAUGACGAGGCCAGUCCCACGGUGGAUACGGAUAACCUUGUGUCCUGGUAUUGUAAGGAGGAUGCUAGGAUCCACUAUCGCAUGCAAACGCAGGAAUCACAUCGAUCUUUGGCGCUGGUUGGAAUCUUGCAGGCCCUCGCCUGGUCCAAGGAAAGGUUUGAUGGCUUGACGAUGCCGGAGGGUUGCCAGAAUUCCACCCAUUACUUUGCAAAUACGGAUUUUGAUUCGCUUGCCUUCCUGGGGGAGACAGCCAUCGGCGCAAUAGAACGGCAACUGAAUAUCGAUUUACCUUCUUUGAUAAUAUAA